GAAGAGAGAGGUGCUGGCUGGUUGUUUACUUUUACUUUUUACAUUGCAUUCAUGUGCCUCAUUGGUCUGGUGAAGGAAUAUUCAUAUUUUUGAAGGGGGGAUAGAGCGUGCAUGGUCAUAUGUGGUCUGCCCCACAUAGCCCUACAAUGACCCCCAGCAGGCGGUAAAAGGGAAGAACAGAAAGAAGCUGCGCUGUGUCAACGAAACAAGUGGGAGAAGGAUGCAGCAGUUGAUUUAACAUCCCCACAUCUCGAGCAUUUGGACACAAUCUGUAUACGGUAUAGAUAGCUAAUUUGCUUAAUUUAAUUAAGGAGUGAAGCUUGCUGGACGUUUUAUUUAGGCUAUUUAAUGCUUGACUGUUUUGACAGACAUGGAAUGGCCUGACAUUGCAUACAAAUAAAAUAAAUAAAUCCGAUCAAACAAAUGACAUAUACUCGUGCGCCUGAUCCAGAAUUUUCUGGAAUUCUGUCAAAGCAGGAUGAAGUUACAAUGGCAAUUUGAGAAAGUCUGCGAUAGUAGUUGACUUGACAGUCUGCACGACAAUGCAACGAGUUCUGCAGAGAAGAAGAGCGAGUAAACUUCGGUUCCUGUGGGCAUUCAUGGCCAUGGUCGCAUUGUCGCUCGCCGCUUGCAGCGCAAUGUUAACAGUGUGGACUUGGCGACAAACUAGGGACCUGUCCCAUUCCUUCAAAACAUUGCAAGAGCGACUGGAACAGGUGAAUUCUCAGCGAAAGGCAAUUUUUCAGCUCAUUCUGGAAAAGAGAGAGUUGCUGGUGGGCCAAAGAGUAAAGAGAGAUGGGAGAAGCAAAAGAGAGAGGAAUGGAAAUGGCAAGAAAGUAGCUUCUCAUUUUGAAAUUACCAAGGAGUCCUACGAGAAAGGUGAGCGCAAUAAAGUCGGACAGGACGGCUUCAUAAAGGGAUGGAUGGAGGACGAACAGUUGAAUAUGAGUAGGGCUGUCAGGUACAGCAAAGAGACUGGCAUCUUCACAGUGGAAAGAGCAGGAGUCUACUUCCUGUACUGUCAGGUGUUGUUCAAUGAGAACCAGUCCCAGUAUAUAAAGCUGGAUGUGGAGGUCAAGGGUCAGGUCAAGGGUCAGAGAGAACAGAAGCUGCAGUGCAUAGAGGGCUAUGGGACCACUCCGGCCGCAGGCUACCACCAGUUCCAUUUCCUCAAACCCUGCCAGGUGUCUGGCCUCCUGCGCCUAGAGAAAGGGUCCGAGUUGAAGACGAAAACCGGCCCCGAUCUCAGUCUUCACCCCGGAGGAAAACAUUACUUCAGCAUCUUCAAAGUCAACUGAGAGGAACAUUUUAUUGAUUUAUUUGACCCGGACCUGUAUCAGUGGAACACAGACUCUGUGAUCAAUGGAUUCAUCAAAAGAUUUAUGACAGGGUUAAUUUCAUGUGUCAGAUGUGAAUGACUUUCUUUUCAAAUACACAAACAUCUGGUAGAGAAGACUUAAAGCACUUCGAGACUUACUAGAGAAACUUUACUGGCUCUCUAGAAUCUGUCCUGUUGGUUUGAGGGCCAACCAGCCAGUGAACUGGCCCAGCAUUUAAGAACUGAACUUUCUUGAUGGACAAAACAACUGCUGUGGAUGUUCUGGAAAUUCUAUUGUGCGAUGGGAACCAUAUUGCAUAUCGGUUACAUGUUAGAGUCCUUGAACUUCUGUGUGUGCAAAGAUUCUCUGCACUUUGCACUUGCUUUUUAAAGAAGGAUGUAAAAGGAAUUCCAAGCAGCAUACAGACUGGUAGCUGCACUCACUUGUGCAAAGAGAAAUUGAAAGGCUUUCUCACGUUUCUGAGAUCUAUCUAUAUUCUGCAGAAUUGCUGUCUUUAAACAGGUGGUAAACCAUCAUCUUAUCCAACCUUUUCUGAUUGUGAAGUACUACAUUACUACUUAUUACAUGUUAUUAUGUUUUUGUAAGAUCAUAUAAUUCAUAUUAUGUAAAAAUCUAGGAUGGAAUUGGUAAUUUUGGAAUGAAAAAUCACAGUGUGUUAUAUACAGUUGUACAUUUUGGAUGGGCUAAUAUGCUGCUUGCUGUACUAUUUCAGAGUGGUAUUAAUACAAUACUACUAGAUGCAUAUUUUAUUAAUACUGUACUAGACAGUUACAUAGUAUUUCUAUCAGGUGGUUCAGCACUUACACUCUUGUUUGUAAGUAGUUUGUGUACAGUACAUUUAUAUUAGUUUCUUUUCAGCACUUAACCACAGCAAUAUAGGUCUCAUUCUUGUCUUCAUCUCCAAACGGCUUAAAUAACCAUUCAACAUUAUUCGUUCACUAAUGGAGCAUGUGGUAUUGCGAUGUAGACAUAUUUCCUGUCAGAUUUCCUCAUCUUUUUCCUCUUCCUCUUUCAUUGCACCGCACAGUCCUUUUUGGACCUCACAUUUCCCUGUCUGUGCCCUUCAGCGCACACACACACACACACACACACACACACACACACACACACAGGCAUGUGCAUGUGCGCUCACAUGCACUCCCUUUCCGAGCUCUCACUUCCUGAAUGUGAAUCUUAAACUUAUAGCUCAAAGGCUCUAAUGACUUGUACUUUCCUCCUGUAUAGACUUUCCUCCCAAUUAUUUCAUAAUUUUCAAAUGUCAAAGUUUAUUACCAACUUAAAAAUACUUAUAUUGCACAAAGACGUCUGUUUGUGAAAAUACAUAGAAACAGGACAAGGAAGAGGAUGUCUGGAGAAGAAUUACAAACAUUUGUAAAAUAUUGAGUUCAGUACUGGUAUAAAAAAAACUGUAUUUUCCCCAUUUAAUUGUUUCCUUGUCUUCAAUUUAAUAUUACUCUGAUACUGGAAAUUAGGAGUGCUGUUCCAUAGAUUUUUGUCAAUUUAAGGAGUCUUACCAUUUUAAUUCAAAACUCGUUUUGGUCUGAGCAUUGUCAAUGUAUGGCAGAUGGGUCUUAUUUUCACAGCAUUCAGAUAUCCUCAGUGACACCACUGCUGUUGCUGAAUAGUAAAUAGGGUGAGGAUUCACACUACAGGAGUUGUUAAAUCAUAACCUACUGGUGCAUUCAUCGCCUGUGUCAUCAUGUGUGAUUGACAGCC